AAGGAAUUAAAUCCUCAGUUUUGUCAUAAACCUUGCAUGAUAUUUUUAUUAGGGAAAUUAUCAUUGAGAAACCAAAUGUUGUUUCACUGGAAAUACAAACUGUAAUGACUAGGGAGAGGCAGAGACAAGAGCUAUAAAUGAAGGAUCUGAGCUGCUCAUUUCACAUAAGCUUCCUAGUUCCUUGUGCAACCACAUCAGUCUCUCCAAGAGCCAGAUCUCACGGAAACCAAAACCGCCAUGGAGUCGCUCAGUGCCGCAAACAUUCAUCUGGGGCUUGAUCUUCUCAAAGAAAUGAGGAAAACAAACGAUGGCAACAUCUUCUUUUCCCCCGUGGGCAUCUCAACUGCCAUUGGCAUGCUCCUCCUGGGGACACGAGGAGCCACAGCCUCCCAGUUACAGAAGGUAUUUUAUUCUGAAAAAGACACAGAAAUCUCCAGAAAAGAGGUUGAAGAAAAAGAGAUUGAGAAUACAGAAGAGAUCCAUCACCAAUUCCAACAGGUUUUGACUGAAAUAAGCAAACUCACUAAUGAUUAUGAACUGAACUUAGCCAACAGGCUGUUUGGAGAAAAAACAUUCCUCUUCCUUCAAAAAUACUUAGAUUAUGUUGAAAAAUAUUACCAUGCAUCUCUGGAACCUGUUGAUUUUAUAAAUGAAGCUGAUGAAAGUCGAAAGAAGAUUAAUUCCUGGGUUGAAAGUCAAACAAAUGAAAAAAUCAAGGACCUGUUUCCAGAUGGCUCUCUUAGUAGCUCUACCAAGUUGGUGCUGAUAAACACAGUUUAUUUUAAAGGACAGUGGGAUAGGGAAUUUAAUAAAGAAAAUACCAAGGAAGAAGAAUUUUGGCUGAAUAAGAAUACAAGUAAGUCUGUGUGGAUGAUGGAACAGCACCAUUCUUUUAGUUUCGUUUUCCUGGAGGACUUGGAGGCCAAAAUCGUGGGGAUUCCGUAUAAAAACAAUGACCUCAGCAUGUUUGUGCUUCUACCCAACGACAUAGAGGGUCUGGAGAAGAUUACAGAUCAAGUCACUCCUGAGCAAUUGAUAGAGUGGACCAGGCCGGAGCUUAUGGAGGUCAGGAACGUGAACUUGCGCUUGCCCAGGCUGGUGGUGGAGGGCAGUUAUGAGCUGGAGCCGGUCCUGGCAGCCCUGGGGCUGCGCGCGGCCUUCAGCGAGAGCGACGCCGACUUCUCGGGGAUGUGCGCGCGCUCGGGGCUGCAGGCGCAGAGGUUCCUGCACCGGUCCUUCGUGCAGGUCACCGAGGAAGGCGCGGAGGCCACGGCGGCCACCGGCAUAGGUUACAUGGUCUCAUCGGCCGGGGGCUGUGAGCAAGUCCACUGCGAUCACCCCUUCCUGUUCUUCAUCAGGCACCGCGGGUCCGACAGUGUCCUCUUCUUUGGCAGAUUUUCUUCUCCCUAAGAAAGUCGCGGCCAAGACCUUGGAGAUCAGGAAGCAGUGUUGGGGCAGCGGUAGGAUCCUGGAAACCGUCUGUGUCUUGAGCUGCUGGCCUUCCAAUCCGAACAUUAAACCGGUGAUUUAAUGACGUAAUAAUGUGUAUUUAUGACUUUCCUUGAAGGUGAAAGUCCUUUUGUUUGUGCCCUGCAGAAUGUGAAUCAGACCCAAACUCCUUGAUACUCCCAGGGGUUUCCUUUGGAAGUAAAUGAACUUCUUGUAAAGUCUUGUGCAUCAGUGGGGAGAAGGGGUAUCUUGGAUAAAGAGAGUGGAUUCUUCUUGGGAUUUUAGGGUUCUCUUUGGUUCCAGUAUUUUGGCAUAUUAUACAAGUAAAAUACGACAAUCAUUCAAUGUGUGCAUUCCUUGUUUCUUUUCAGCAGAUAUUGUGUAAACUGCAUACAGCGGAGGGAACUUAGAAACACAUUAGGGAAAGGUAAAUUAAAAUGCAAAAGCCAGAGCAAAAUGAAAUAAUAUUCCAGAGAGAGAGAGAGAGAGAGAGAGAGAGAGAGAGAGAGAGAGAGGGAGAGAGAGGAUUCCCUUGUUU